GUUACAAGCAAGGUUACCGAUUCUAUUUAUCUCAAUGACCUUUGCUCAUAAUAAGUUGACUUAUCAUUCCCACUCAGAAAUUUUUAAAAAAAUUAAAUCAAACGUAGCGUUCAUUUACUUUUUAAGUGGAGGCAUAGUCGAAACGAUGCGUAAUAGAAUUGAACUGUUAAAGGAUUUUCCCAACGGCCCUUUAAGUGGCUACAGAAAAUCAGCUUCGUUUGAUUGGAAGAAAAUGAUGACUUUCUUCUAUCCGGAAGAAGUGAUCAAAUUUAUGGAAGAUAUCUACACAGAAAUUUAUUCAAACCCCGAUUGCCACUUAAGUUUGAAAUCAAGAACAUUCGAUGAGAUCAGAAGAGACGGUUACAAAUAUUUAAACGCUUUCAAAAGAAUAAAAGGUUUCGCGCCCGUUCACGACAAUGACCAUCUUAACAUAGCCGUAAAUUCGAUAUUAUUAAACUUUGAUAAUGGAGUCACAUUAAAAUAUUUAAUGGCGUACUUUAUGGUUCCUUUGGUUAUUAAAUCAAUGGGAACUGAGAAACAUUUAGAAUAUGCACAUGAUAUUUUAAAUUAUAAAAUGAUAGGUACAUUUUGUUUAACAGAAAUUGGACAUGGAACUAAUACAAGUGGAAUGAGAACAACAGCUACAUACGAUGUUAAUACCAAAGAAUUUGUAAUAAAUACCCCAGAUUUCGAAGCGGCUAAAUGUUGGUCUGGAAAUUUAGGUCAGAGCGCUUCGAUUGCAACGUUAUUCGCUCAUUUAAUAACGCCCGAUGGAAAAAACCACGGUUUACAUUGCUUUUUGGUACCAUUGAGAUGUCCAAAAACUUUGGAACCUUACACUGGAAUCAUCAUAGGCGAUCUCGGCGAAAAAGCCGGGGUAAACGCAACCGAUAACGGUUUCGUCAUGUUUAACAACUAUAGAAUCCCUAAAGAUAAUCUUUUAAAUAAAUACGGUGAUGUAACAGAUGAUGGUGAAUAUGUUGCUUCAAAUAAAGGCAAAGAAACAGUGCUUGGUAGUUUAACAAAUAUGAGAAUGGGUGUGGUUUUUUCUUCUCAUCUUCUAUUAACGAAAGCGAUUACGAUUGCUAUAAGAUAUGGUGCUGUUCGUAGACAAUUUGGACCUGAUGGUAGCAAAGAGGAGUUGCCAAUAAUUGAGUACCAAUUACAUCAACAUAGACUCAUUCCUCAUAUUGCCGUUGCUUAUGCAACAAAAAUGUUGGCUGAUAAAUUAUAUUUGGAGCAUUCAGCUUGGACUAAAGAAGCUCUUUCAGGUGGAAGUGUACCUAUUAUCCUUAUUAUGGAAUCGCAUGCACUUUCUGCCGCUGCUAAGGUUGUUUGCUCCUGGUCUGCAAGAGAUGGAAUUCAAGAAUGUCGAGAAGCUUGCGCCGGACAUGGAUACCUUAAAGCUUCAGGCAUAUCAGAUAUAAGAAACGAUCAUGAUCCAAGUGUUACAUAUGAUGGAGAAAAUCAUGUUUUGAUUCAACAGGCUUCAAAUGUUCUGAUGAAGUUUUGGCCAAGCAUUUUAAAUAGAACAGAACUUUCAUCGCCGUUAGGUUCAUUAGAUUUUCUUGGAACUGGCAUGGAUAUUAUCGCAAAGAAAUGGAUUGCAAAAACUGUGGAUGAUUUUAACAACCUUGACCAUAUCAUAAAAAUAUACGAGUGGAUUAACAUUUACCUCAUCAAAUCCACUUAUGAUAGAUUCCAAAACUUUAAAAACUCCGGAAGCGAUAAAUUCACAGCUAAAAAUAGCAGCCAAGUUUAUUACUCAAGAAGCUUAGGAAUCGCAUACAUUCAACUUUUCACUUUAAAUUUAAUGAAACAAAACAUAAUUAAAGUACAAGACAAGCCGAUAUCGUUAGUUCUAACGAAAUUAGCAAAACUAUUUGGAGUUUACAAUUUAGAAAAACACUUUUUAUCACAUUUGUAUCAAGGUGGAUUUGCAUCCGGCCCCGAACCUGUUACAUUAAUACAAGAAACUGUUUUAUUGUUGUGUAAAGAUUUAAAAUCUGAAGCUGUAGCUCUAGUAGACGCAAUCGCCCCACCAGAUUUUCUUCUUCGAAGUGUUAUCGGUGCCUCAAAUGGACAAAUUUAUCAAAAUUUAGAGAAUAAUAUUUUGAGAACUGCCGGAAAUAUGUCUAAACCAACUUGGUGGAAAGAAAUUGUUGAUAGGGAUUAUUUAAAGAAGAAUAAACUCUAAAUUAAAUUACUUA